CCAGCCUCUUUGCUGCACAGACUAUAGCGGUGAUGGCGGGCAGACAGUUCGGCUGGAGCCGGGUGGCUCUUCUCCAGCUCUUCCUUGGUGUGAACCUGAUGAUGAUGCCACCUACCGAGGCCCGGCGUCUGCGUUUCGUUACCUUGCUGUACCGACAUGGAGACCGUUCGCCAGUGAAGACAUACCCCAAGGACCCCUAUCAGGAAGACGAAUGGCCCCAGGGAUUUGGUCAGCUAACCAAGGUGGGUCAGAAGCUAGCUCUCUCUCAGGAUGAGCUGUAGAAUGAGUGACCGCUAGAGCAGGCUGCAGAGCUUGGGGCCUCACCAAACUGCUUUUUCCCAUGUGGGUGCUGAUUUUGACCACAUUUCUUAAUCUUACUUUCAUCUGUGCCCAGAUUAAAAUGGGCAUACA